AUGCGCAGGCUGGGUGGCCUGCGGCGGCGGUUGGGGCGCAAGCUCGUCGGAGUCCCUGCAGGACCACCGCCGUACCACCGCCGCCACGCGCUCCUCGCGCUGGCGGCCCAGUGGGUGCCCAGCAGGCGGCCCACACGGCGUGACCACAGCGCGUUCGGCGAUGCGGCCGCUGAGAGCGAGGGCGUGGGGGGCAGGACCCUGAGGGCGCCUUCUGGUAGCCUGGAGUCUUCUAAGCGGCCCAGCGCCAGGCCAGAGGCCCCCUGCUGCUGCAGCCUGGGGCGGCACCUGCGCCAGGCCCUGCUGGCGCACGAGGCGCGGCUGCUGCGGGAGCUGCGCCAGCUGCUGCGGCCCCCGGAGGACCUGCCGCCGGCGCCCAGCCCGCAGCCGCCCGCGCCCAGCGGCGCUGCCCGCGGCUGCCCCGGCGGCAAAGGCGGCGGACUCGCGCUGGGCGUCCCCGAGCCGCCCAGGGAGGCCCCCGUGCUCACCUUGGCCGUGCCCCCGGGCUUCCGCUCCGAGGUCGAGAAGGUCACGCGCUUCCGCCGGCGCGUCUCGGAGGUGUGCAUCGAGGGCCGCGCGCCCGCGCACGACGGCCACGACCUGGAGCUCGAGAG